AUGCCUGGGCCAACCAUCGCAUCGUCCUACAUCUGCCCUCGCUGCCUGCGAGCUUCGCAGCGCGCCUUCUCACGCACGCCCACCACUAUCUCGCCCGCCGCGGGACCGAAACGUUGGCUCUCUGCGUCGCCACGGCUCCUCCGAUCGUCUUCCGCAUCCGCACAGGAACAACACCGCGACGGGCACAAUGCGUCCACAAUAAGCGAGAAUCGAAACAACCCCGACAAUGGCCAUCCGACCGCAAAGAAAGAGGCGGGGGCAAACGAGGAGAAGGAACCGGGCGCCAUGUCGCGCCGCCUCGAGUCGCUGACGGAAGAAGGCCUCGUCUCGGGCGGGCGCGCCGCGCAGAAGGCCGCGGUCGAGGACGCCGGCUUCUCCGAGGAGCUGAAGAAGCGGCUGGAGGCGCGCAUCGCGGGCGCGAACUUCAACAACGAGUUCGCCCAGUCGCUCGCGCAGGCGGGCUUGCCGGCCGCCGCGGGCAAGGGUACGCGCGACCUGGCCGGCGCGCGGCCCUGGGAUGGGACCGAGAGCGUCGAGGACGCGAGCUUGCGGAUGCUGGACGAUGCGGUCAAGCCGCUGCGCGGCGGCGGGAAGGUGCGGUUGCCGAAUGCGGUGAGGCUGCCGAGCAGGAUCGAUACGGGGUCGAGCGCGGCGAGCGGGAGGGGGGAAAACAGGGGAGUCAGGCUGUCGGAGGCGAGGGAGCGGACGGGGAUGUAUCACUUGCAGAAGGAUGGGGCGGGGAUGAGUGAGGAGGAGAGGGAGAAGCUGCGGAGGGAGAUGCGCGAGCGGUUCCAGCCGGCGGGUCGCGGCGGGCCGAUGAGCAUCAGGGCGCUGGAGAGCUUGGCGAACGAGCGGAUCGAGGAUGCGAUUGCGAGGGGCCAGUUCAAGAAUAUCCCGAGAGGCCAGAAGAUGGAGCGCGAUUACAACGCGAGCAAUCCGUUUUUGGACACGACCGAGUACUUUAUGAAUAAGAUCAUCCAGAAGCAGGAGAUCGUGCCGCCGUGGAUCGAGAAGCAGCAAGAGCUGGUUACGGCCGCGGCGCGGUUCAGGAGCAGGUUGCGGGCGGAUUGGAAGAGGCAUGCGGCGAGGAUGAUCGCCAGCACGGGUGGUAGUCUGGAGACUCAGGUUCGGAGGGCGCAAGCAUAUGCGGAGGCGGAGAAGCUGGUCAAUCCGAGGAAGAAGAAGCAGGAGAAAAUCACCACGGUGAGUGAGGAGGGGCAUUUCAGCCAGAUCACGCUGUCUGGCGAAUUGAGGGUAGGCCCGGCCACACCGGAGAAGCGUAGCCAGCCGUCAGAAAAGAUCACCGUCAAGGCCACUCCUGUAAGCUCUACCGACGGGAGCUCCUCCGCCUCUCCUCUGCCAGAUGCGGAGGAGGUGCUCGAAGAAUUCAUGGUAGGGGACGCUCAACCUGCUACGACAGCCGAAGAUACCGCCUCGUCCUCCUCCUCCGCCAUCACCCCGGCCCCUUACCCCUUCCGCGACCCGGCCUGGGUGAACGCCGAACGCUCCUUCCUCGAGCUGUCCAUCAACUCCCUCAACGCCCUCACGCGCUCCUACAACCUCAUGGCGCCCGAGCUGGCCAAGAAGCCGUACUUCUCGCUCGACCGCGAGCUCGCCGCCGCCUUCGCCGACGUCGGGCCCCAGCUGCCCAGCGAGAUUCGCGAUAGGGCGCUGGAGCCGAAGGCCAAGCCGACCGGGCGUUCGCCGGGACACGGGGCGGCGGGUGUGAUGGAGAGGUUUGGGACGAAUCAGGAGGUUAAUAUUUGGGACGAGACGGGCGAGAGGUACGGGUUGAAGGAGAUGUGGAGGGAUUUGUUCACGAAGAAGAAGGGGGCGUGA